AUGUACAAUUUUUUGAUGCCUGAUGAAGGAUUUGAAACACUCUGUGACAAAUACUGGAAACAAUCAUUUGAAAAAUUUCCCAUCCCUAAAACUUGCACACACUGUGGUGUAGAUUCAAGCUCAGAAAAAAAUAAGCACAAGACAACAUGCCCAAUAUUUCAAUCCACAUUAACUCUCCCUACAAUUGAUCUUUCAAGCAUUGAUACUAAUAUUUCAGAACCUUUUCCAACUGCCAAAUUACAUGAAGCAGUUAAUUUAGCAGUUGAAAGAAUUGAUUUCAAUUUGUACUCUUCUCACAACAAACAAAAAAUAACAGGCUUUCUAUUUCAUGUCAAUAAACAAAUUCUUAUUAAUCUUAUCAUAAAAGAUUUUAUACCAAGUUUUGACAAAAGCAAUCAAGAUCAAGAUCACAGACAAAUACUUGAUGAUCAUCUUAAAUCACUUGAAACUCCUCCACCACGUUCAGCUGUUUUCAAUUAUUGUCAAGCAACAUUUGGUACAGAAUAUGCAAUAACUCACACAGAUGAUAUUAUACUUCAAAAUUUUGCACCAACAUUUGAUUCACUCUUAGAAUCAUAUGAUCCUUUUCAGGUUGUUACUUCAAUGGAAGCUACAAAAUGA